AUGUUCGGUCAGCAAGGUGCUAUGCCGCAGUUCCCCCGCAUGUUUGGGGGCGACGACCUAAGACAGCCAGGCCAGUUCACGGCUGCAACCUCAGGACAAGGCCUUGGUCCGAUGGGGCCCACAGGCUACUCAAUGCUGUAUGGUCAAGGGCCAGCUCAAGUCGUAGGGAAUCCUAGCACCAGAGCGAGCUUAGUCAGCCGUCCAGGAUGGGGCAAUCCACCCCAAGGGGCACCUAGUGGCCAACUUGGCCCGCCUCAGGAUAUGCCUAAGGCUAAUCGACCUGAGAUGCAGAGACCUGGUACCACGGUUCCACCCAUGGCAGAUUCCAAGAACUCCCUUUCCAAAGUCGACGACGCGUCCGCACGCACAAUAGCUGAUUUGAAGGCUUCCCUAAACUCAAAGACCAAGUACAUAGCACAGCUCGAGCAGGAGCUGGAGGCUAGGAAUAAUAAGGUCCCCAGUGGACCUAUGGGGGAGAGUCCCCACGGCGAGUCGAUCAAAAGGCUGAAGGCCCAGCUGGUUACCAAGGAUGCCCUCAUAGAUGAUCUUCGAGACGAAAUACGUCGGCUCAAGGCAUUCAUGAAAGUCUCCGAGUGGCUUGGGCUCCUCGGAGUUGAGGAAUUCUAUAACAGCACCUCUUCUGCUGUACCCAUCAGAAGGAUCAACCGUAAAUGUUAUGCCUUUGGAUGCACCCAGGUAGAGAUCAACAUAGUUAACGGCAAGCUACUAGUCCGUACAGAGGAUGGAUGGAAUAACGGUAAGUACGGUGCUAUUGAGAAGUUCCUCGUCCACUACGAGCCCAUAGAGCGUGGCAGAGCCUCCUCUCAUUAA